AAUAUUUUUCCAGAGCAAGAUGUUGCGCCUUCUGUUUUACACGUCGUUUUGAAGAACCUCUUGCAACACCAUGGGCAUGUUGCAAGAGAUUCCUGAAAUUGUAGUGUCUUAUUUUCUUUCCCGGACAAUAUGGACACCUAAAACCUGCGUAUGAAAACCUUAAUUUGCACUUCCCAUCUACCAACUCUUUGUAAGGUUUUUCAGAACACUCUUCUAUCUCAGACUCACUAUAAUCUGUUUCUUCACUUGAACUCUGCAUUUUUUUUUCUGCAAACUCUCUAAGUUACAUGUAAAUAUUUGAUUUCAACAUUAUUGAGUAUAUAUAGGAAGAUUAGGGUAGCUGAAUGUGAAUAUAGAGAGUUUUGAAACUUUAAUUUAAUUGACUUUAAUUUUGGUUGAUUUAGCGAAACAACCAUUCAUUCAAUAUUCUAGUUUUUCAAAACUUAUACGUAGUAAUGGUAGUAUUUGAAAGUUAUAUACGGAUUACGGAGUAAUACAAUUUUUAUUGAAUUAAUUCAACUCUAUCUUUAAUGCUCCUUGACUCCUUCCUCGAUAUUGUGGCACACUAAGCAGCAAAUUCUCUGUCUUCACUUCUUCUUCACACUAAACAGCCACCUCUGAGCCGUAAAGCACCGAAGCUGCUGUCAUCCUCGCUCCUCCCAUCAAGAUUCAUGGAGCUUACCUGUCCAUGCGGAAAUGGUAUUUUAAUCAAGAAUGUAACAACAAAAGGCCCUAAUGUGACCCGUCCUUAUUACAAAUGCCCCGGUUCCCAGAAGGGAAAUAACAUCCCAGAUUGUAAGUUCUAUUCAUUCGAGGAUGAACUUAAAGCGGUGUCCCUGUGGACGUGGCUUUUGCCGCACCGCCUUUAUAAGAAAAGAAAAAAUUUGGUGCUGCUGCGUUCAGGGACUUGGUGAUUGCGGAUUCAUGAUGAGGAUCACAUCAACCUGGCAACUGCCGAGGGAUUGGAACUCGAACCCUCAAUCUUCCUCGGCAGCGUCUCAAUCUUCCUCAGCAGCGUCUCAAUCUCCCUCGGCACAAUUUCUAGAAUUUCAGUCUCCCUCGACACCAUUUCAAUAUCCCUCGGCACAGGUUCAAUCUCCCUCGGGACAGUGGCACAGUUUCACUCCUUUGGCUACGUUUCAAUCUUCCUCGGCGCAGUUUCAAUCUCCUUCCAGCCCUUUGAUGCACACUCCCUUGGCUCAGCCUCAGUCCUCUCCUCCCAUUACCCAAGAUAGGUAUCGGUCUCCUCCGAGCCAAGUUGUGCUUAAGAAGAAAACCGAGCUACUUACACAAUCUCUCAAAGUAGCUCAAUCAAGUGCUGCUGCCUAUCUUAAUCUUAUUGAAAAAUUUGCUGGUUGUGAAUUGGAUGAUGAGUAGCUUGUUAUUGUUCCUUGCUACCUACCCCUUCCUUAUUGGGUAAUGGGACUUAUUGGAACUUAACAAAUGGAUAUGUUUUCAUGUUGGGGUUAAGGAACUUUUUUUUUUUGCUGUAUUCAUGGUGGUUGUUUUGAACCCUCACUCUCCUCCAUCUUUUGUGCAAAGAGUAUUUCACAAUUUUAUUGACUAGCAGACCGGGGCAAUUGUACUUGUUGUCUUUCUCAUUCUCAUCCU